AGGGCGGACGGGACCCCGAGGGCGCCGGGGAGGGAUUGGCCAGGCGGCGAGGGGAGGCGGGCGGAGAAGAUGGCGCCGCCGCUGGCCGCCGCGCCGAGGAGCGGCGCGUGCUGAGACGAGCGGAGCCGGGCCGGGGCGGGCGGCGGCGGGGAAAGGCCGGGCGCUGGCGGCGGGGCCGGGAUAUGCGGCAGCGGCUGCUUCCUGUGCUAAGGCGGGCUCUGCUGGGCUUAGCGCGCCCCUGCGCCGACCCGGCUUCCCGGGUUUUCCUUCAGUGCCGGCGGCGCAGCUUUCUCGGGUUUCAGAAGGAGACAGACAACAAAAUGAACAAUCCAGCUAUUAAAAGAAUAACAAAUGAAAUUAUCAAAUCACCUGAGGAUAAACGAGAAUAUCGUGGACUGGAAUUGGCAAAUGGCAUUAAAGCUCUUCUCAUUAGUGACCCCACUACAGAUAAGUCUUCAGCAGCACUUGAUGUGCACAUAGGUUCCUUGUCUGAUCCCCCCAACAUUGCUGGGCUUAGUCAUUUUUGUGAGCAUAUGCUUUUCCUGGGAACCAAGAAAUAUCCAAAAGAGAAUGAGUAUAGUCAAUUUCUUAGUGAGCAUGCCGGGAGCUCAAAUGCUUUCACGAGUGGAGAACAUACCAACUAUUACUUUGAUGUGUCACAUGAGCAUCUAGAAGGUGCACUAGACAGAUUUGCCCAGUUUUUCCUGUGCCCUUUGUUUGAUGAAAGCUGCAAAGACAGAGAAGUGAAUGCAGUUGAUUCUGAGCAUGAGAAGAAUCUGAUGAACGAUGCCUGGAGGUUGUUUCAAUUGGAGAAGGCUACUGGAAACCCCAAUCAUCCCUUCAGUAAAUUUGGAACAGGAAACAAACUCACUCUGGAAACUAGACCAACCAAAGAAGGAAUAGAUGUAAGACAAGAGCUGUUGAAGUUCCAUUCUACUUAUUAUUCAUCAAAUUUAAUGGCUAUUUGUGUUUUAGGAAGAGAAUCCUUGGAUGAACUGACUUGCUUAGUGGUAAAGUUGUUUUCAGAAGUAGAGAAUAAAAAUGUCCCUAUACCAGAGUUUCCUGAACAUCCUUUCCAAGAAGAACAUCUCCGGCAACUUUACAAAGUGGUACCUAUUAAGGACAUUAGAAAUCUUUAUGUCACGUUUCCUAUACCAGACCUUCAGAAGUACUAUAAAUCAAACCCUGGCCAUUACCUUGGUCAUCUAAUUGGGCAUGAAGGCCCGGGGAGUCUUUUAUCAGAACUUAAAGCCAAAGGAUGGGUAAAUACUCUUGUUGGAGGACAGAAGGAAGGUGCUAGAGGUUUCAUGUUUUUCAUCAUUAAUGUGGACUUGACAGAGGAAGGACUUUUGCAUGUUGAAGAUAUUAUUUUGCACAUGUUUCAAUAUAUUCAAAAACUACGUACAGAAGGACCUCAAGAAUGGGUUUUCCAAGAGUGCAAGGAUCUAAAUGCUGUGGCAUUCAGAUUUAAAGAUAAAGAACGACCACGAGGGUAUACAUCAAAGCUUGGAGGAAUGUUGCACUAUUAUCCUAUUGAAGAAGUAUUGGCUGCUGAAUAUUUGCUUGAAGAAUUCAGGCCUGAUUUAAUAGAGAUGGUACUGGAUAAGUUGAGACCAGAAAAUGUUCGAGUUGCAAUAGUUUCCAAGUCUUUUGAAGGAAAAACCGAUCGAACAGAAGACUGGUAUGGAACACAGUACAAGCAAGAAGCUAUUUCUGAUGAAGUUAUUCAGAAAUGGCAAAACGCUGACCUGAAUGGGAAAUUCAAGCUUCCGAUGAAGAAUGAGUUCAUUCCUACUAAUUUUGAGAUUUUGCCAUUGGAAAAAGAUGCAACACAGUACCCUGCCCUUGUCAAGGACACUGCUAUGAGCAAACUAUGGUUCAAGCAAGAUGACAAAUUUUUUUUGCCAAAAGCUUGUCUCAACUUUGAAUUUUUCAGUCUAGAUGUCACUCUCCCCCGCCUUAAGGCCUUUAUAGCUCAGCUGUUGUCACGGUUACACAUUGAAGCUCUUCUCCAUGGCAAUAUAACAAAACAGGCUGCAUUAGGAAUUAUGCAGAUGGUUGAGGACACUCUCAUUGAGCAUGCUCAUACAAAGCCACUCCUUCCUAGUCAGCUAGUGAGAUACAGAGAAGUGCAACUUCCUGACAGAGGUUGGUUUGUAUAUCAACAGAGAAAUGAAGUUCAUAACAAUUGUGGUAUUGAAAUCUACUACCAGACGGACAUGCAGAGCACUUCUGAGAAUAUGUUUUUGGAGCUCUUUUGUCAAAUUAUUUCAGAACCAUGCUUCAAUACUCUGCGCACCAAGGAACAAUUAGGUUACAUUGUGUUCAGCGGUCCACGUCGGGCAAAUGGCAUACAAGGACUGCGAUUUAUUAUCCAAUCUGAAAAACCACCGCACUAUUUAGAAAGCAGAGUUGAAGCGUUCUUAAAAACUAUGGAGAAAUGCAUAGAAGACAUGACAGAAGAGGCCUUCCAGAAACACAUCCAAGCUUUAGCAAUUCGUCGUCUAGACAAACCAAAGAAGCUGUCCGCAGAAUGUGCUAAAUACUGGGGAGAAAUCAUUUCCCAGCAGUAUAACUUUGACAGAGAUAACAUUGAAGUAGCUUAUCUAAAGACCCUGACCAAGGAUGAUAUUAUACAGUUCUACAAGGUGCUGUUGGCAAUAGAUGCUCCCAGAAGACACAAGGUAUCAGUACACGUCCUUGCAAGGGAAAUGGAUUCCUGCCCUGUUGUUGGAGAAUUUCCAUGCCAAAAUGAUGUGAACCUGGCACCAGCACCUCCACUACCACAGCCAAGUGUGAUUGAAAAUAUGACAGAAUUCAAGCGCAGUCUGCCACUUUUUCCACUGGUGAAACCACAUAUCAAUUUCAUGGCUGCAAAACUGUGAAGAACCCCAAUGGAUGAAGAAAUGCAAAUGUUCAGUACUGACAUGGUUUCAGGGGACUUCAUGAUGAACAAAAUUAUUAAAGAUCGUUAGGAUAAAUGGUUCUGUCCGUUAUGAAAGUCCCGAAUUCCUUCUUGGUUCAUUUGACAUUAGCUGUGUGUUAGGGAUAGAGAGUAUAUAAAAAUCAGUUGUGAUCAUGUGUCAUUUAUAUUACAGACAACCUGUUGAAAACCAAAAUCAACUGAAACAAUAAUAAUAAAAAAACUUGUAGAUGCAGUAUAUUUUUAAAUUAGUACAUCCCUUCAAAUUUUCAUUUUGAUAAAAUAACCCUCCAGAGCAAAUAAAAUUGCUUGAAAUACCGUUGUUACUCCUGAAAAGCACCAUUUAAUAUCCCAAUAAUUAUGUUAUUGGGGGCUGGAGGGGAUGAGAACAGUAGGUCCUUUUUGGGAUGGGGUCAACAAUUUUUCUUAAAAAUAGAGACUUUCACAUUUUUUUGAAGUGACAUGUUGAAUGAUACUUUUUUAAUUGAUCCUUAAUGCAACCAACAUAUUUUCUAUUUAAGUUUUAUGAAGACCAGUGGCGGGGGGGGGGGGGAGGAAAUUUGACAACACAGUAGUAAGUGAGAGAAUUGUCUUAAUGAGAAUAAUUGAAGAUGUGGGCAUGAUUUUAAUCUUUCUAUACAAAUUCGGGGACAUUUUGUAUUAAAACUAGUAAAAUGCUGGAAACACUUUAAUAGUGCAUCUUAUUUUUGUUAUGAAAAGUGUUGUCCCAGUCUCUUGAUACUGUCAACAUCCUCAUCCUGUUCCGUUUUUCAGUGUUACUGUGAAUUGUUUCCAUUUGGUAUAUAAAAUGCUUUAUUUGGUGUCAUUUUUUGUUUUCAGUUGUGCAUGUACUGAUGAAGAACUCAGUCUGUUUUGCUUCGUUUGUUGUUAGGUCUCAGUCCAGCAAACUACUAGUGCAAAUAACUUUAAGCACAUGGCAGUUCUUGACUCAAGAUCAGGUGAAUGUCAAAUAUGGGCCCUAUAACGAAUCAGAUCCGUCACUGUUCUGGUACAUCAGUGUGGGUCCUUCUUGUCCUUCAGGAAGGCGUUUGGGACAACUCAGUACUGGGUGUGCAGAACUGCGUUAGCGCAGGGUGUGGUUCAGGUUACAUCACAAAAUGUUUGUUCCUACUUCUUUUAAGAAGGCUGUGCAAAACCAGAAGGAUCCAAGAUUUAUGCUGAAAUACUAGUAUGUAUGUAUAUUCCAUAAUUAAGUAACAUGGUAAAAGAAUAGAGGGUGUCUAAUCUUCAGGUUUUACUGACUUCUGCAGAGUGAUCUCAUGCUUGGGAUAGCCCUCAAACAGAAAAAGGUAAGGGAACAUCUUACUGAGUUCUCCUACCUGUUUAAUGCAUAAAAUUGAUUGUAAUUACUCAGACAGGAUGGAGUAUGCAAAGCACUGAAGAUAUGAAUUCUGCUCAUCAGGGAUGUUACUGAGAGUUUGCUUCUUAUUAAAAGAACGUGAAACCAAGACCCUGAUGUGACACAUGUUGUCAUACGUCAGAAUCCUGAUAUAUGCAAUAGGGCUGCUCUUGUCAUUGAAUCAAUGUUCUUUCUUACACUGGCUCUGAAGCCAAAUUGAAUGAAUGCUUGACAGGGUAAGGGCCUUAAGUUAUGUUUAUCUGAGAGUCUCUUCUAAUUGAAUAAACGCAGUGUAUUUAAAAGUUGUUUAAAGGUUAACAGUACAUGUUUCAACAUCUUUUUAAUAAAUUUGAUGAUAGCUUGUGAUGUAACCUGUUGCCAAGGAAGGCCACUAGCAUUUUUUCGUAGCCUGAGGAAGAAAAAAUUAAACAUAAUAUAAGCAAAAACAGUAAAGGUGUCUCUGUUCACCACAUUUUUCAUGGAUCCUUGACAUAAAAUGGGCUUUUUACGCUCUUGCAUUUUGCUUUUGUUUAUAGUUUUCCUUCAGUAAAAGUACUUGUAUUAUAUAUAUUAAUAGUUUUGACAACAUACUAUAAAAAUAUAUAUUUUGGGAUUUAGUAUUUAAACAUACCACUCCUACGGUGAAUAAAAUGAAAUGGCUUCUAUUGUGUGUAAAAAUAAAUAUAUAUAUAUAUUCAUGGAAGUACUAUCAACUCUAAUUUUAACAAAUUAUAUAAAUAAAUUGGAAUAGCAGUGUAUUUAACACAAGGUCACAAAUCAUGUUUUCCAGAGGGGAAGAAAAAGUAGAAUUUCAAAGUUCUGUGGCUGGAUGCAGAAACCCAUGUAGUUUUCCAGCAACUCUUAAUUGCUUUUAAGUGUUCUCCAGCAUUUUACAGUUUCUGAGUUUGAUAUAGCAGUAAAUUUUGAUAAACUCAGGCAUACUAAUUGGGUUCAUUUUAAUGGAUCCAAAGCUGCAGUGUCUACAAGCAAUAAAAAACUACCUAGAAUACACUGUAAUUCAAUUUUAGUGCUUGUUAAUUAGUUUAUGUAAGAAAUCAUAAAUUAUUAUUACAUAACUGUAAUUUUUGCAAGUGCUAUUUUAAGCAGUUGAUGUGGAAUUGGGUGCAUGUGACACAGCCAGUAUGACAGAGUGCUAGAGUUAUUCUGUUUACAAUAAACAAUCUGAAUUUAA